UCCUAUUAAAGAUAAGAGUCUGGGAGGAGAGCUGAAGAAAGAGAGAAGCUUUGGCGAUGGAGAAGUAUUUUGGGAAUGCAUAUAGAGGGGACCCCGGCGUGCCGCAUGCGGGUCCGGAUCGGUUCAUGAAUAUAUGGAUUGGGUCCUAUGCUUUCUCUGCUCUUACUUGGUUCAACCCUUACAUGUGGCAGCUUGCUAACCAAUUCAAUUGGCAUGACCAAGCAAUGAUAUUUGAACACUACCAUUGGAAGAAAGCCAAGGCAAGGAAGCAACGAUACAAAUUUAAGUGGAAUGAGCGCAUGGACAAGGAUCACAGGGACUCGUAUUAUUUCAACUGGCCUGUCUACUUCCCUUAGUUUCUCUUUUGUGUAGGCAUGCUCUUUGAUAAGUAGUUUGGACAAAGAAAUUUGCACUGCUGAAAAGUUUGUGUAUCUUUAUUGCUUCACCCCUUCUUCCGAACUCAUUAUGCUGUCUUAACUCCUCCCUCUCUUAUUUUGGUGGAUCUGAAGUCUUUCAAGUAAUAUUGGGAUCUUUUGUGAAUGUUUCUACAUAUAUUUGUUAUGCUGUUGAGUGACUUAUACCUUUCUCAAA